AUGUGCAACGCCAUUGGGAACUUCUUCCGACUCAUCAUUAUUGCUGCUACGGCUGGCGCUUUGACCUUGUCUGUUUUUGCCUCGGUAUCUUGUGAACUUGUGGAAUACAAUGAUUCUGGUGGCUUAACCUAUGGGUUCUUCUUUCGAGGGAUUGAUGGCAAUUGUGCAUCAGAGUACUAUGAGACAGAUGAUCCUGUCAUCAACGGAGCAAGAACCGUCCUCAUAAUAUCCAUGGGUGCUGGAUUCAUUGCAGGAGUAAUGGUGCUGUUUGAAUGGCUCUUUUGUGAAAUUUGCUGUGCAGGUGUUUUGGAGGGACUUGCCUUCAUGGCGGCUUGGAUGUUAGGAGCAGCCUCAUUUAUGUUUUAUGGGUCUGAGCGGUGUACUCAGGAGGGAGCUGAAUGCACAUUUUAUGAUGCUUCUGGCUAUAUGACAGGUGCCUGCAUUCUCUAUGUUGGCUGCAACAUCCUUUUGUGUUUCACACCACAACCAGAGCCACUGUGCAGCAAGAAAUAA